AUGAAAUUGGGAAUCAUUUUGGGUUUUGCGGCAAUUGCUGCUGCGGGUGCGCGCAUCAUUCCUCCCUGCCAACAAUGUAAGGACCCCAACGAAGUGUACCUUAGAUGCGGAAGUGAGCAAAACUGUUACAACGAAACAGUUGUAGUUCCGUGCGCCAAAAAAUGUAGAGGAGGAUGCUAUUGCAAAGAAGGUUAUGUUCGUAAUCUGGUUGACGGGACUUGCGUAAAGCCGUGCCUGUGUCCGAAGAGAUGCAAAACAGGAUCAUGCCUUAGAACUCAUGAGCCUACGACUACCCCGGAACCAUGUUCAACCACAACUACACCCGAACCAUGCACUACAACUACGACAGCUCAGCCAUGCACAACUACAACGACUACGGAGGUUCCUUGUACUACUACAACGACCACAGAAGCACCGUGCACCACUACCACCACGCCAGAGCCAUGUACUACAACUACUGAACAACCGACAACUACUACUCAACCCUGCACUACUACGACAGAACAACCUACGACCACAACGGCUGCAUGUACUACUACAACCGAAGCACCCACAACCACUACUGAACCAUGCACCACUACCACGCCGGAGCCUACAACUACAACGGUGCCGUGCACUACAACUACAGAGCAGCCUACAACUACCACCCAACCUUGUACCACGACCACUACUCCAGAACCAUGUACUACAACCACCGAACAACCUACCACCACAACUCAGCCAUGUACCACUACAACCACUACUGCUGAACCAUGUACUACUACGACACCGGAACCUUGUACUACUACAACUACUCCAGAACCUACCACGACUACGGCCCCGUGUACCACUACCACUCCAGAACCCACGACAACCCCUCAGCCAUGUACGACGACCACCAAGUUCCCAUGCGGCUGUCCACAGUUGUAA